GUAUAAUUCAAUAGUAUGACUUAUGAUGUGAGUAGUCGAAUUCAAGUUGUAAAGCAGCAUGUCUCUACUGACUUAUUUAUCUACUGGACUUUGUCUUCUUUAUUCCCAACCAGGUCCCUUCAUUUUCAAAGUGGAAAAUCUCAGCUUCGUCUCUUAUCCGAUUGACAGAAGGAUAUGUCCAAAAAUCGAUCCAGUCAGAGAUAUUAUCUUCGAAUUAUAUACAAGUGCAAAUCCUUCAACACCUCAAAUUCUUUCAAUAGACAAUGACAGUUCUGUGGUAUCCUCGAACAUAGAUUUUUCACUACCGACUAAGAUAUUUGUUCACGGUUUCCUGGAAUCCUCUAAUGCUGAUGAUGCAUUCCAAAUCAAAGAGAGAUAUCUGCAGCUUGGGAACUACAAUGUAAUCCUAGUGAAUACUGAGAGAUUAUUUGCUGGAAUAUCAUAUCCGACAGCAGCCAGGAAUGUUCUCCCUGUUGGACAAUUUACUGCGAAAUUCAUAGAUUUUCUAGUCACCAGAGGGCUUAAACUUUCGGCAACGCAUUUAAUUGGGAUGAGUUUAGGUGCUCAUGUUGUUGGAAUAGCAGGACAACUUUUGACUAGUGGCAAAGUUUCGAGAGUAACAGGUCUGGAUCCAGCUCGCCAACUUUUUGAAUCAGUGCCGGAAAAUGAGAGAAUCGGACAGAAUUCUGGCGUUUUUGUUGAUAUUGUUCACACAAAUGCUGGAGGAUUUGGUCUCGAUGAGAACUUGGGUUCAGUUGACAUUUGGAUAAACGGUGGCAAGAAACAACCUGGAUGUUCGAUAAGUGAGAGUUGGCGUAGAACUCAUACGUUGUCUGAGAUAUUGUUCUGUAAUCACAGACAAGCAGAUCGUCUAUAUAUUAUGAGUCUCAUAAAUCCCAAAUCGUACCCAAUUACUCAGUGCGAUAGUUAUGAGGAUUUUGUCGAAGGAAAUUGCAGAGGAAACGAUAUAACAUAUUUGGGAGAAGAUAUGAAUCCUAUGGCCAGAGGUAACUACUACGGUAACCCUGGGGCAACAGCACUGACUUUGUAGUUAAAAUAUUGGAAUGUCUCUGUUCAAAUAAAGUCACCUCGAUAUCUC